CUCUGAGGUGCCCACAUCCUGACCAUGACGACGGAGCUGCCUGGUGCUGCACUGGACGUGCACCGGCGCCGCCUUGCGCCUGGAGCCAUGCUGCUAUCGCCUGAUCUCCUCGAAGCCAUCGCGACGUACUUGCCUUACGACGGCAUGUCGGCGUUCCUCACAGCGCUGCCCGAGCAGCUGCGCACACCAGGGCUGCAGCUCCUCGCGACGCUUUCGAAAGCUUUUGGCCUUCAAGUCUUUUGGCCCUCGCUCAACAUUACCGUUCUCACGCAGCUUGAAAAUGCCAACGAUGUGCUCGCCCAGCUACUCCCCGUGAACCCGCGCCUACGUGUCACCGACACGUACACACUGCGCCGCGUGCCAGUGGUCGUCACGCCAACACCCACGUGGCCGACGCUUGACCGCAUCUCCCUCACGGUGAACGCGGCGCUUCACCUCCACGUCACAGAGCAACGCUCUCACAGCGCUGGUGACCUUCUCGUGUCAAUGCAAGGCGUGACGAAGCUCUCGCUGCGCGCGACUCACAAGGUGCGCUUUCCGGACGCUGCAGCCGAGGCGCUUGCCGCUUGGAUCGAGGCGACACCGCUCACGUAUCUGAAAAUGGACAACUUUGGCGAGCUCUCGUCACGACACCGCUUUUGGUCAAAGCCCACACUUGUAUCUCUGGCGCUGCCCAACACAGACUUUCUACUCGAAAACGGCGGUGGCACCACGUCACGCCACCUGACGCACCUCGACCUCUGUCUCUCGGGCGCGUCGCCGAUGCAGAGCGUCACCGGCCUGUUUAUCAAGAGCCCGCUGCAGUCGCUCCACCUCUCUCUUCCCUAUACGGCAACCCACAGGGACAUGCACUCGACGCAGCACUUUCUCGACGUCGACCUGCCGCAACUGCACCAGCUUUUGACGCUGCGCUUGACCAACCUUCGCCUCUCGACGAUCCACUGCCUCACGCUCGCGCCUUUCGUGCCGCGCUUGACGCAUCUCGAUCUUACGUCCAGCAAGAUGGGCGACGCCGGCGUGCUUGCCCUCGCUCCGUUCCUUCGACAUACACUGCACCUGGAGACGCUCGCGCUGGCCGACCAAGGCUUUGGUGACGUCGGUGCGUCCGCGCUCUCGACCGCACUCAUGCACGCAAAGCAUCUGCGUACGCUGGACCUUGGCUGCAACGCCAUCGAGGUUGCUGGUGCCACGGCGCUGAGCAGCCUCCUCGCGCAUCUCCCACGACUGGCCAAAUGGCGCAUUGGCAACAACCCGCUGGGUGCAAACGGCGUUGCUGCUCUCUUGCAUGCGUGGACGUACGUGGAGCUCACGACGACGACAUUGAUUGACGCCAGAGGAACCAUCGGCCAAAAGGACGACCAGCGGGUCUGCAAAGCUCUCCUCUCGGAUCUGCCGCCGUACCGGGCGUGCUUGAUAUCGUGCGCGGUCAAGAGGCCGCGAGAGCCUUUGGACCUGGUUGCAUGGGUCCGUGGCGAGCGACAAUUGCCGUGA